AUGAACCCCCUAGGGGCGCCCCGGGAGCCGGGUGGGGAGAGAGUAGCACCGGAGCCCAGUCAUCAGACGCGCCCUGGGGCCUGGGCUGCGGUGUUGACGCGCCAACAGCAGCGAGAGCGCGUUCACGCGUGCGAGGCAGAAAAGAGGAGCGCGCUCGGCUACCGCGGCCGCCACGGAGCCGCGAGCGCGAGCCACGGAGGGGUGGGCAGCGCGGGGCGCGCGCUGACGUCGCCGGGAGUCACGCACGGAGCGCCGGGUUACGCGCCGACGUCUGGCUGCCACGACUCGCCGUGGCGGCGGCGGCGGCGGCGAGCGGAUCCCGCUAGGGGAGAAGGGGAGAGAGCUGAAGGGGCUGUGAGUGAGCGGGAGGAGCGGGGUGCCAGCCCGGCCUGCCCGCUGGAGCGAAAGCCAGAGCGAACGAGGCCGGAACCCACCGCGCGGCCGCCGCCUCCGCCUCCUCCCCUCCCCUCGCGGCCCGCCCCCGCCCGCAGCCCGCCCUCCUCGCGGCUCAGCCCGCAGAGCCCGAGUGAGGCGCCGUUCGGCUCGCGCGCCGUCCAGAACAGGUGUGCGCGCGCCUCCCCCUCCCUCCUCCUCGCGCCCGCCUCGCGCGCGCCCGCCUCCCUCCAGCCUGCGCCCUCCCUCACCUGCGGCAGGACAGCGCCCGCCAGCCCGCCCGCCCCGGUAAGCCCCUCGCGACCUUGCUUGCUGUCACUGACACACUCGAGGUGCCGCCCACCUUGCCCCUGCAACUGUCCUCUCAGCGCAGGAAUAAUUAUAGUGCCAUUGCAGACCCAGGCAGUGCAGCAACGCCCCCCCACCCCGGGCCUGGCGGAGACGAACGAAUGA